GUCCUCUGCUAGUAUCCGUUCAUGUGUUUGUGUUGGGGGAAAAACGGAGCGGUGGAAGCGCAGCGAUGUCAGUUCAGCUUUUGUCCGCGAAGAUGGCUGAGGUCGACGUGAAAGUAAGUCCGAGCGAAGAGCCGGCAGCGGUGUCUCCGGUGACCCCGAAAGCCGAGGAAAAUCAAAAUGAGGUGUUAAAGACGGAGGCGAGCGCCGCCGGGGGGAACCCGAACUCAAGCUCGAACCCGACUCCGUCUCCGAGUCCGGAGUUGGCCGAGAUGCCGCAGACAGCACAGCACAACGGAGAAUCGCUGGUGAACCGCGACGGCACCGUGACCGAAGCCCCGAAGAUGAAGAAGCAGAUCCAGUUUGCCGACCAGAAGCAGGAGUUCAACAAGCGGCCUACUAAGAUUGGUCGUCGAUCGCUGUCUCGUUCCAUCUCGCAGUCAUCCACGGACAGCUACAGCUCAGCCGCCUCCUACACAGACAGCUCGGAUGACGAGACCUCCCCCCGUGACAAACAGCAGAAGAAUUCCAAGGGUAGCAGUGACUUCUGCAUCAAGAAUAUCAAGCAGACCGACUUUGGACGCCGGGAGAUCGAGAUCGCUGAGCAAGAGAUGCCAGCACUGAUGGCUCUGAGGAAGAGAGCGCAGGGGGAGAAGCCCCUGGCUGGAGCCAAAGUCGUGGGCUGUACCCACAUCACUGCCCAGACUGCUGUGCUGAUUGAGACCCUGACAGCCCUGGGGGCUCAGUGCAGGUGGGCGGCCUGCAACAUCUACUCUACCCAGAAUGAGGUGGCUGCUGCCCUGGCAGAGAGAGGGCUUUCCGUUUUCGCCUGGAAGGGGGAGUCAGAGGAUGACUUCUGGUGGUGCAUUGACCGCUGUGUCAACCUAGAGGGCUGGCAGCCCAAGAUGAUCCUGGAUGAUGGCGGUGACCUGACCCACUGGAUCUACAAGAAGUACCCCAACAUGUUUAAGAAGAUCAAGGGGAUUGUAGAAGAAAGUGUCACUGGGGUUCACAGGCUGUACCAGCUGUCAAAGGCUGGUAAACUCUGUGUUCCUGCCAUGAACGUCAACGACUCUGUGACCAAGCAGAAGUUUGACAACCUUUACUGCUGCAGGGAAUCCAUCCUCGAUGGUCUGAAGCGGACCACAGAUGUGAUGUUCGGGGGGAAACAGGCGGUGGUGUGUGGGUACGGAGAGGUCGGGAAGGGCUGCAGCGCUGCUCUCAAGGCCAUGGGUGCUAUUGUGUACGUGACCGAGAUCGACCCCAUCUGCGCCUUGCAAGCCUGCAUGGAUGGUUUCCGACUGGUUAAGCUAAGCGAGGUCAUCAGACAGGUGGACAUUGUCAUCACCUGCACAGGCAAUAAGAAUGUGGUUGUACGGGAAAACCUGGACCGUAUGAAGAACGGUUGUAUAGUCUGCAACAUGGGUCACUCCAAUACAGAGAUCGAUGUGGCUAGUCUGCGGACCCCAGAGCUCACCUGGGAGCGUGUGAGGUCACAGGUGGACCACGUCAUCUGGCCUGAUGGCAAGAGGAUAGUUCUGCUAGCCGAGGGCCGUCUCCUGAACCUUAGCUGCUCUACAGUUCCCACAUUUGUGCUGUCCAUCACCGCCACCACUCAGGCUCUGGCUCUGAUCGAGCUCUAUAAUGCUCCAGAAGGACGCUACAAACAGGAUGUCUACCUCCUGCCAAAGAAGAUGGAUGAGUACGUAGCCAGCCUUCACCUUCCUACAUUUGAUGCACACUUGACCGAGCUGAGUGAGGAGCAGGCGAAGUACCUGGGGCUCAACAAAAAUGGACCCUUUAAGCCCAACUACUACAGAUAUUAAGCUGCUUCAAAAGAGAGGUGAAAACAGGAAAGCAUCACACUCUGAAAAGCAGUGGAGACCAAGGUGUGAGGACCUUGACUCUGAAGACAGCAGAACGUUGUACUGUAACCUCCUGUGAAUCACUCCAGCUGCUGGUUCCCGUGGGACCGUGUUCUCAACAUUUCUCAUUGGUUAAUCCUCUGUUGUCCUUGUCAGUCAUAGGCAAUCAAUUUAAAGACAUCACUAAGUUUUAAAAAAAAAAAGUCAUAUAUUGCACAGCAAAUCUGAAAAAGACAAUAACACAGUUUUAUAAUGUUCUUAAUCCUUGUUUUUAAUGCAUUUGUGAUUUGUCUAGGUUAUCCAUUGAGGGAUGUGUUUCAUUCUGGGGUGGGAGGCAUGGGUCCAAAUAUCUUCCAGCACAUUUAUGUCUGUGUAUUAAAAUCCUUCAAUAUGUCUUUUAAUAUGGCUGGGAGAGAAUUGAAUUCAAGUUAACUGGAUAAGGAGCAAUGUUGGGGGAACAUCUGAGGACAGACCUUGGCACCUGUCCUGUCACUCAAAGUCUGAAAGAACACAUCUUUACAGCUAUCCAGCAUCACAGUCUUGAUAUCGCACUUGAAUGGUGUCUGUCCUUUUCACCAUCGCUUUCACUUCAGUUUCCAUGACUCUGUACCCCUUUGACGGCAGGGUAAACGGUUAAACAUAUUCAGAUAGACCCCAUUAUGUGUAUAACAUUUUUAUUCUGGAUAUUUUAAUCUAGUGACAAGUAAAGUAAUUAUAUUGCAGUAGCGAAUAUACAAUUUCAUUUUAUAUAGAAAUUGUCAUUCUAUUUUUGGUGCGUCAAUAUUUUUUCAUUAUUUUAACCUCUUCAUGGAAUGAACUGUUGAAUUGUGAGAACACCACUUGUAGGAACUAAUGUGACCAAUGUGAUUUUGAUUUAUCCCAGAACUGAGCUUGAAUUCUAAUUAUGAAUGUCGGAAAUGUUAAAAAUCUCAGCCGUCAUCUACUUAUGUUUACAAAAAGAAGCCAGUUUGUAUUUUACAGAAGGUGUGCAGGACUGAAUUUCUCUGCAUGAUCAGUGUUCAUGUGUGUUGUCUUCACCAUAGAAAACUGAUUUAUUCAAACUUAAAAUGCUUGAAGUUGUGUCACUUCUUCGUUAAGUACGACAGCCUGCGAGUUCCUGACUGGAGCAUACAGUGUUCUCCUGUUUGUCACUGGAUAGUCUGGGAAUGCUUGCCCCUGAACUGUAAUAUCUGCUGCAAGCCAACAGAUAUGUUUUUUUUUUUUCCCCGUCAUACACAUAUGUAGUAUCCUUCUAUCUGUUCUGUACAAUAGAAAAAUGUGACUGCAUUGUAAAUAAUUUGCAUAAGUACAGAAUGUCUUGCUCAUGUUAUGCAUUCCUGUCUAACUCCACUUUUAUUAUUCAGAAUUCCUUAAACUGUCUUUUUAUAAAACUAUUCAUCAAAAUGAUUUAAGAUUUACUUUUUUCUACAUCUCCCAUGGGUUCGAAACCUUAGCAGUUUCUACUUUCAUUGUAGUCUUAACGGUUUUGGUGUGCGUUGCGGUUCUGCCUUGGCACCAGCACCUCUGGUCCAAAGUAGAACAACUCAUUUAGUGUUUCAGGUCUGCAGCUCUGAUUACACUUUUUUCCACAUUUUAACUUCUAUAAAUUGUUUUAAAUAUUGCAAGUGAUUAUAGUAGCUGAGCAAUAAAGACUAUGUCAAAUUAAAGAUAAA